AUUAACCUAACUAUCCUUAGCUACAGUUACAGUGUAAUAUGAUUUUGGUAUUUGAAGAACAAAUUGUUAGCUAGUUUUUAUUAACUAGAUAGCUACCUACCCUAUCAAAUGUUAAAAUAUCCGUUUAACUAACGAGCUCCGGUGUCAAAGAUGGAGAUCCGCCCUCUGCUGAUGUGUUUUGCACUGUGUGUGGUCUACGGCUCCAGCAAGCCCACAGAGAAGAAGGAGCGUGUGCACCACGAUAUGCCACUCAGCAGCAAGGAGCACAAUGACGCUGAGAACUUUGACUACGACCAUGGUGCCUUCCUUGGCGAGGAGACGGCAAAGUCCUUCGAUGACCUGACCCCGGAGGAGAGCAAGGACAGGCUUGGCAAAAUCGUGGAUAAGAUAGAUGACAAUCAGGAUGGCUUUGUCACAGAGACAGAGCUAAAGGUGUGGAUUAAAAAAGCUCAGAAGAAGUACAUCUAUGACAACGUGGAGAGGCAGUGGAAGGAUUUUGACAUGAAUAAUAAUGGCGUGAUCUCCUGGGAUGAGUACAAAAAUGUCACAUAUGGGUCCUACCUAGAUGAUCCUGAGCCAGAUGAUGGCUACAACUACAAGCAGAUGAUGACCAGAGAUGAGCGCCGCUUCAAGAUGGCGGACAGAAACGAAGACCAUAUUGCAGAUAAGGAGGAGUUUACUGCCUUCCUUCACCCGGAGGAAUAUGAACACAUGAAGGAAAUUGUAGUGCUGGAGACCAUAGAGGACAUUGAUAAAAAUGGGGAUGGUUUUAUUGACCUGGAUGAAUAUAUUGGUGACAUGUACAACCAUGAAGAUGAGAUGGACGAACCAGAAUGGGUAGCUACAGAGCGUGAGCAGUUCUCCGAAUUCCGAGACAAAAAUAAGGACGGGAAGAUGGACAAAGAGGAGACAAUGGACUGGAUACUGCCCUCAGACUAUGACCAUGCAGAGGCUGAGGCUAAGCACUUGUUCUAUGAGUCAGAUGCCAACAAGGAUGGCAAACUGACCAAAGAGGAAAUACUCAACAAGUAUGACUUGUUUGUGGGAAGUCAAGCAACUGACUUUGGAGAAGCAUUAGUACGACAUGACGAAUUUUAAUUUUUCUAGUUCAAUAGCUAAGAACUUUUUUAAAACCUGAUACAGUAAGUAAUAUAAUUUAUUUUAUAUGCCAUAAUUUUUGACACUAAAGUAUCAGAGAGUAAUGGACUCUGCUUUGUUUUACACUCACAGUUCUACUUCCUUUUACAUUGUUUUGUUUUGUACUGUUUGGGGUUUUUUUGGAUUUUUGAGGGAUCUUUUGCUUUAAUCUUUGAUUCAUUGCCUCACAUUCCAAAAAUUCCAUUGUAUUAGUAUUACAAAGAUGAGUGCUUUAGAAUUUAAUGUGUAUUGAUUUAAACUGGCUUAAAUAUAAAAAUCAGUUCACUGCAACUGUUUGCUGUUGUGUUUUGAAAACAGCCUGUUAAUAUUUUGGAUCAGUGUAAUAUAGUGCAGUAUACCCUGUGCUAAUACACAUAUUAGGAUUUCUAUAAAAUCUGCAUUUCUGUAGCUGAGGUUGCACCAGGUGUGCUGCUUCAAAGAAACUUGAGUUGAAUCCAAAGAUGAUUUUGUUCAGAUGGACUCAAGGCUACCAUCGAGCUGAGGUCAUCCUCCCUGUCUUGCUUGAAGAAUGCAAAGUCCUCCAUCCACACACACACGCACGCACACACGCACCAUCUGAUUGGCCAAGGGGCCAUGAGGAUGGGCUGCUGCUUUCAUAUUCAUUGCUGCUUGUCUUAUUCUUGCCCUGAUGAGUGUAGUUGCAACACUUUGACUUCACUUUUUGCAUUCUAUUAUGGCCAUGCAUUUAGGGGUUUUAUGUGUCAUGUGUAUAGUCAUUAAGGGCUUUUUAAUUUUGUUUGUUUUGCUUUGAUCUGACAAUGUAUGAGCACCUAAAUAUUUCAAAUUGUCAAUUUCUCAUUAAAAAUAAAUGAGUACACUGACUCAUUUUUGAUUGUUUAACUUUACUGUCUUCUAUCAUCUGCCUUUUACAGUCAUUCAUAACAGAAAUAUAAUGUUAUUUGUUUUUCUGCUGGCUUUGCCUUUCAUCUUAGGGCAGUGAUUUCUAUGAAAUGCAAAUUGCAAUGUGGUCAGUCUGACUGGAGAACCAAAAUAAACACACGGCAGUGUUUUGUUUUUGUUUUGGGUUUGGUUUUGUUUUUUGCAUUUGAUAAAACCUACUCCCUGUUUCUCUAAUGGUGGUCCUGUCAAUCAUGUCAAGGACUAGCCCUAAUGUUUAAGGAAGAAAAAUUACCUAAUCACACUGUCCUGUGGUGGGUUUAUGUCCCUCUGAAAUAUGAAAACAGCUGGAGUUUUAUAGAGGGAAAUAAAUUCUGAAUAAGAUUUUGUAUUAGAUGUACUUAUUGCCAGGUUCUUCUCUUGUCUUGUUUUGAACACACCUUUUAGCUGGUUUCAACCAUGCAUCAGAAAAGGAACGAUGUCUGUGUUUAUUGACCAUUGUGUUCUUUAAAAAAAAUAAAAAAUUUUAAUUGAU